CUGGAACGAGACGACAUUUCAAGCCAUACCAUUCCAUGAUUCCAUGAACAGGCUCCUGGAGCACCGGGAUCCCCCGAGCCGGGGCGGAGGGAAGGGCCCAGCCGCGGAGACGGGCGGGGACCAGUGGCCGGGGAAGGGACGCAGUGGCCGGGGAGGGGACGCGGUGUCCGGUCCCGCCCCGCUGCCGGCAGCUCCAGCGCGGCCGAGCCGCCACUGCGCCGGUGCCGCUGCCGCGGGCUCCGCGCCGGCGCGGGGGAUGCGCGGGGCCGCGCCGGGACCCGCAGCGCCCAGCCCACGCCGUAGUUUCCACACUUCCUUUUUCUGGGUAGCUGUGGUUAUGGAGUUCUCUUAAGCCAAGCAGCGCCAGCAUCCCUUGGAAAGUUUUCCCGCCCCAAAGGCAUCGGCAGCUGAGCUGGAGGGCAGGAGCAGAAGAAAGCGUGGCUUGUGCUGCUGAUGGAGCCAGCCUUUCUAGAAUGUGAAUAAGAGCUUUCACUUAAUGCACAUUGCUGUACUGCCUUGGUCAGCCUGCUGAAACUAAAUAGGGAGGACUGUCAGAAGAGUUGAGAAUGAGAUGGACUUAGCGUGAAGGACACAAAGCUCUGGGUGAUGAUGAGCUGCAGAUGAACACAGAGUUUACCUCAGAGGAUGGAUGUGAGUGAGAAUAACAUUUGUGACACUGGGGGGAAGAGUUCAAAUUAUCCCAGGAGGGCCACGAAGCAGGUAGGCCACAGCUGUAGGCCACAGAAGGAGGUAGACAUUAAUUACUCCUGCAGUCCUGGAAACUCUGCUGGACCCCCAAGAAAGCAGGACCUGCAGUGUGGAGACAAAGAAACCUUUGACACCUACUGCCAGAAACAAGGUGAGAGCCCAGCUGGGGAUUUUCCCCCCUCCAGCACCAGCUUCCACCUGCAGAGAGAAGAUGAGGAUUUAGAUCACUGUUCUUCUGAGCACCCCAGGAAACCACGGACGAUAAUGAAACUCCGUGAGGAGAACGGAAGCGCUGCUCUUGGAGAUGGGCUUGGUGAGGAGCUGGAGCCCGUCCCUGAGGAAGCUCUGCCCUAUCGAUGGAAGAAUUGUGGCUCCUCUUUCCGCGCCGUGAGCGAGCUGCAGGAGCACAGGCGAGCUCACCUGCUGGAGAACUCCUACCGCUGUCCCGUCUGCGCCAAAUGCUUCUCCCGCGCCGCCAACCUGCGCAUGCACAAGCUCAUCCAUUCCAGUGAGAGGCCGCACAAGUGCCCGGAGUGUGACAAGGGCUUCAUCCGCACGGCCGACGUCUGGAGGCACCUGCGCAACGUGCACAAGAUUGAGCGCUCCAUGGUGAUCCUGGCCAACGGCAUGGCUAGGAACCCCUGGUCUGUGGUGCACCACAGCCAGCAGCACAAUGUUGAGUGCCCAGAUCAGGCUUGUCCUGCAAACCCAAAGUCUCAGGAGGACGACUUCAAACCUUAUGCCUGCCCAACGUGCGGUAAAGGCUUCGAUAAGCCCAACCUGCUGUCCAAGCACAAGGUGAUCCAUCGGGAGGACAAGCCCUACAAGUGUCAGGAGUGUGGCAUGGCGUUUGUGCAGCUGCUCAGGCUCAAGAGACACCAGCAGACUCACUCCGGGGCACGGCCCUUCUACUGCGAGGAGUGUGGAGGGACUUUCACCCGGCUGGCAUCGCUGCAGCGCCAUCACCGCAUCCACACCGGAGAGAAGCCCUACUCCUGUAAUUUCUGUGGGCAUUCCUUCACCGAGUCAGGGACCCUACGGAGGCACGAGCGCACUCACAAGUCGGACAAACCUUAAUUUGGGGUCUCUGUGGUUGCUUUGUACCUGAACGAGGUCUGCUCAUUUGGGCUGGAAAAACACCCCGUGGUGUGCUCUGCCCAAUCCAGACCCACUGCCCCGCAGUGGCUGAUGCAGCAAUGCUGCAUCACAGGGAACUCUGGAACUUGUACUGGGAAUGAUUGCACUGCUGGGCUUUAAACUGCUUUGUAUGGGAAAAUAACCUAAUUACCCCUGAGUAAUGAAAUGGGAGACUUGAGGAGACUGAAACCACUCACAUGUGCUUGCGCUGUCUCUGUUUGCUGGACUGGUGGUGCAUCUGCUCGAGCUUUGUCCAGGAUCUGCAAGCAGAGGCUGUGAGAAUUCACUAGAUAAAUUGGCCCUGCCUUCAUGAGUGUGAUGGUUCUUUGGGUUUGGAAAUCUGUUAACUCGCCAAGUUCAAACAGUCCAGAGUUGUCCCUCUAUCCCUUCUUUCCUUGUAUUUUGCUGAGUUUUUCUUUCUGUUACACUUCUUUUUAUUUGGAAGGGGAAGUAUCAUGUUGGUUAUCAAAAAACCAAACAAAUUCCACUUAUAAACCAGUUCCUUAAUAAACGCAACAGUUACCCGCUGUAUUUCAGAAUGUUUCUAUCUGAGAGAGUACCAAUACUUUAUGCACAUUUGAGUGAUGGGUUGAAUGUCUUUUAAUAAUGGGGAAAGCUUUAUUUUGGCUAUGGUGGUGCAUGCUCUUGGGGUGACACUUAUGUCUCUGAUGGAAACAUGCACACUAAAUCUAACCAGCUGAGUAUUGUGGAAGGAAAUGUUUGAAGACACAAAAUUCAAAGAGCAAAAGACCAAAUUAAAGCCAC